AUGCAGCCUCCAAGCACGCUCGCCAAGGGGUUCGACUCGAUUGAGUCGACGAUCCAGGCGUUCCGCAACGGCGAAUUCAUCGUCGUGCUCGACUCGCAAGACCGCGAGAACGAAGGCGACCUCAUCAUCGCGGCGCAGGACGUGACGACGGAGAAAAUGGCCUUCAUGGUCCGCUAUACCAGCGGCCUGAUCUGUGCGCCGAUCACCGCCCAGCUCGCGGCCGAGCUGGACCUGCCGCAGAUGGUGGUGGACAACGAGGAUCCCAACCGCACGGCGUACACGAUCUCGAUUGACUCGAACGACGAGAGUGUCACGACGGGCAUCUCGGCGCAUGAUCGCGCCUUGACCUGUCGCACGCUCGCCAGCCCGAAAGCCACGGCCGCAAGUUUCAGGCGCCCUGGCCACGUCUUCCCGUUGAGGGCCAGGGAUGGAGGUGUCCUCGAACGGACCGGUCAUACCGAGGCGGCGGUGGAGUUUUGUCGUCUCGCCGGGAAGGCGAAGGCGGGGGUGAUUUGUGAGAUGGUCGACGAUGGAGAGCCAGUCCCCGGGCAGACGAUCAUGAGGGAGCCGGGCAUGAUGAGACGAGAUGCUUGUCUGGAAUUUGGACGCAAGUGGGGGUUGAAGGUCUGCACGAUUGAGGAUCUGGUCGAAUAUGUUCGGAGUGAGAAGGAGAAGGAGAAGGAGAAAGCGGGCAAUGGACAAGCGCAUGGCAAUGGCGUGGUGACAAAUGGGGUCAAUGGAGUCAACGCAGCCAACGCAGUCAAUGGAUGGCGUUAA